AUGUCGUCGGGCGGCGCCUCGUUCGCCUGGACGAAACCUCCCAAGGCCAAGCACCCCCACAUUCGCGUUGGCUCACAAUGCAUGGAGCAGCAGCAGGGAGGGCAGCGAGUGGAGCUGACCUACCCCAUCCACAAGCAAGCAUCUCAGUCCAAUCCCAUCCCAUGCUUACCCUACUGCCACCCCUACUUUGAUGAGCAGAGCAUUCUAGUGGGCUCGCAGUGCAUGGAGCAGCAGCAGGGCGGGCAGCGAGUGGAGCUGACCUACCCCAUCCACAACGGAGUGGUGCAGCGCUGGGACGACAUGGGGCACGUGUGGGACUACACCUUCAACACCGCGCUUGGCAUCGACCCCUCUGAGACCAAGAUCCUGCUCACUGACCCGCCGCUCAACCCCACCAAGAACCGCCAACGCAUGCUGCAAAUGAUGUUUGAGAAGUACAACUUCGACUCUCUCUUCAUUCAGCUGCAAGCCGUGCUGCCACUCUACGCCCAAGGCAUUCUGACGGGACUCGUGGUGGACUCUGGGGAAAGCGCCACUCACGCAGUCCCUGUGGUGGAAGGGUUUGCUUACCCACAUCUUACAAAGCGGAUCAGCAUUGCAGGCAGGCAGAUCACGUCUCACCUUAUCGAUCUCAUGAUGCGACGAGGCUACCCCUUCAGCAAGGUGUCUGACUUUGAGGCUGCGAGGGCCAUCAAGGAACAGCUCUGCUUCGUCAGCUGCGAUUACAAGAGGGAGAUGCAACUGGCAGAGGACACCACGGUGCUUGUUAAAGAGUUCACACUGCCUGACGGUCGAACUAUUCGAAUAGGUGCAGAGCGGUUUCAAGCACCAGAAGCCCUAUUCUCCCCUGAGCUGAUCGACAAUGAAGGGCUAGGAUUGGCCGAUGUGAUCUUCCGAACCAUUCAAGACAUGGACAUAGACCAUCGCUUGAGCCUAUACCAACACAUCAUGCUGUGUGGCGGCUCUACCAUGUUUCCCGGGCUGCCCACGCGAUUGGAGAGGGAAGUGAGGGAUCGGUACCUGAAGCACGUGCUGAAGGGCAAUAAGGACGGACUCAAGAAAUUCAAGCUAAGGAUUGAAGACCCCCCAAAUCGCAAGCACCUAGUCUUCCUCGGGGGUGCUGUUCUUGCAGAUAUUAUGAAGGACAAGCCCGACUUUUGGAUAACACGGGCUGACUAUGAAGAGGAAGGUUUCAAGUGUUUACGAAAAUGUGAAAAUGCUUAG